AUGACUGCUGGACCUCUGAUUCAAAUCCAAAGACCAAGGUAGGAAUGUUUGUGUAGAAGCUGUCAUCUUUUAUCGAGUUGUCUCUAAUCCUUGCAUUGCUGUCGACUCUGUCACCUAGGGCUUUUUUCCAACCAACAGGCUGAAAUAUGGCUUGUUUCUGCCGUCCCUUGUCAGUUAAUCUUUGACAAGAAGUGGGUGGAUUCCUUUUUUUCGGUUUAAUAGAUCUAGAGUCUCUAGCCGUUCUAAAAACACAUUUGUCUUAAAGUCUUUAUAGAUGGUUAUUGCAUAGAUCUUCGAUUGAAAAAAACAGUUCAAACAAAAUAAAGCCGAACUACGUAAUAUAUCUUGGAUUUGAACCUCUUACGCUAAGAUAUCUUGUCUUUACUCCUAUAUCAUAGUUUAGUCCUUUCUCUUUCAGCCCGGUGGUAAUCAGCAGGAAAGUUACCGUUCACCCAACGGUUAGUGUCACCGGAUUCCGUCGACGUCGAUUUUACAUCAACAAGUCUUGCGCAACAUACCGCGAAUCUUUUACAGUAAAAAUGUCGGGUACCGAGGAAGUUCGUGAACAGCCAAAGCUUGAAGAAAUCGCAGAUCCUCCAAAAUCUGAAGGUAAGAGGUCUUCUCUGUCUUCCCUUCUCAUAUCUCUUACAUCAAAAAACAGUGAAUAAAAAAUGCAAGGUAUCUUACGCAUUCCUUUAGUAAAAAGGCCAUAUCGACGGAUGAAAAUAGUGUCCGAAAGCCCGCGAAAUAUUUUUACCUAUUCUAUUCAAGUCCAAAACGAUGUCAAAGGUAACAAAAAGCAACUUCUCGUCCAACUAACCGCGCAAAAUCAAGACGAUAGGGUUCAUUUCAGAGCCAGAACGAACACCUGCCUCAAAAACCGACUCCCACGACUCCUCCGAAACAGAGAACGAUUUGGUCCACUUAGAGAACGAAGACACCGGAAGCAAUCCGGAUUCAGGAACACCAAAAGCAGAUAAGCCCAGUGCAAACCAAGUCGUCGAUUUGAAAUUUGAAAACAUUGACCCAGCCGCAGAUGAGUCAGAAACCACGUUAAAGGUGAGUUUAUUUAUGAAAUUUUAACCUACAAAUAAAAUAAAACCAUACAAAAAUAAGAAAAAGUCAUCAUUUAGUAUAUAAUCUAUAGAACAUGUCGUUCCAGUCUCCCGUUCUCGCUCCAAAUGCUCGCAAAGACUUCAAAGAAGACGGGUAUGAUACGAUUGAACCCGCCGUUCAAGUCAUCGACACGACCAUGCUAACCGACAGUGAUAAGACAUACGUAACACGAAGGGCGCUGUUCAUUGGGGCUGUUGGAAGCCUAGUCGUCGGAGCCUUGAUUUACUUAAAAUUGCACUAA